AUGACGAUAAUGGUACUUGUCACGGUGACGAUCACAAUAACGGUAAUGGUGAUGAUAAUGGUAACGGUGACAGUAAUGGUAACGCGGAUAGUGACGGUAACAGUAAUAGUGAGGAUAACAGUAACGAGUAACGGCCACUGUAACGGUAACGGUAAUGAUAACGGUGAUGAUGACGGUGACGGUAACGGUGAUAGAAACUAUUCUAAUAACGAUGACUUAAACGACGAUGGUAAUGGUGACGGUGGCGGUAAUGGUGAUGGUGAUGGUGAUGGUAACAAUGACGGUGAUGCUAACGGUAACGGUGAUGGUCACAGUAACGGUGACAAUAACGGUAACAGUAAGAGUUACGAUUGCGGUAAUGGUCACAGUCACAGUAACGAUAUUGGUAACAAUCACGGUAACAGUGACGGUAACAGUAAUGGUAAUGUUAAAGAUAAUGUGACGGUAACAGUGACGAAAACGAUGAUGGUAUCAAUGACGGUGACGAUAAUGAUGAAGGUGACGGUGACGCGUGGUGACAAUAACAGUAAAGAUGAUGAUGACGAUAACGGUAACAAUGACAGUAACGGUGACAGUGACGGUAGCGGUAACGAUCACGAUCACGAUGACGGUAACGAUAAUGAUAACGAUAAUAGAAAGAGUAAUGGUAAUAGUAACGGUAACGGUGGCGAUAACGAUAACGGUAUCAAUGACGAUAACCCUGACGGUAACGGUGACAGUGAUGGUAACAAUGACGGUGAUAGUGAUGGUAAUAGUGACGAUAACAGUAAUGGUAACGGUGAUGGUAGCUGUAACGUUAACAGUAACGGUGACGGUAGCUGUAAUGGUGACAGUAACGGUUAUGGUGACGGUAACGGUAAGGGUAACGGUGAUAUUAACGGUAUCGCGGAUGGUGAUAGUAAUGAUAAUGGUGAUAGUAGCCGUAAUGGUGACUUUGACGUUAAUAGUGAUGUUAACGAUAAUAGUGACAGUAAUGGUCAUGAUGACGUUAACAGUGACGGUAAUGGUAACGAUGAUGGUAACUUUGACAGUAAUGAUAACAGCAACAGUAAUAGUGACAUUAAUGGUCACAAUGACGGUAAUGGUGACGAUGAUGGUAACGGUAAUGGUGACAGUAAUGGUCACGAUGACAGUAACAUUGAUGACAAUAAUAGUCACGAUGACAGUAACGGUAGCGGUAAUAAUAAUGGUCAUGAUGAUGGUAACAGUGAUAGUAAUAGUGACGGAAAUGAUAAUGGUGACGGUAGUGGUCCCGAUGACGGUAAUGGUGAUGAUGAGUGUAACGAUAACGAUGAUGGUGACGGUAACGGUGAUGGUAAUGGUCACGAAAGUGGUGAUGGUAACAAUGAUGGUAACAGUAAUAGUGAUGAUUAUGGUAAAGACGACGAUAACACUGUUGGUAACGGUGAUAGUAAUGGUGAUGGUAGCAGUGACGGUAACGGUGACAGUAACUGUGAUAGUAAUGGUUACGACAACAGUGACGGUAACGAUGACGAUAAUAGUGAUGAUAAUGGUAACUGUCAUGAUAACGAUCACUUUAAUGGUUAUGCUUAUGGUAACGACAAUGGUAACAAUGACGGUGACGGUGACAGUAACGGUAAUGGUAAUGGUAAGGGUGAGGGUGAUAGUAAUGAUAACGGUGAUGGUAACGAUGAUGGCAAUGGUGACAGUAACAGUGAUGGUAACGUAACGUUAAAUGAUCACUGUAACAAUAACGAAAAUGGUAAUGGUAAUGGUGACGGUAACGAUGAUGGUGACGGUAAUGAUGACGAUAACGAUUACGGUAAUGAUUAUAGUAACUAUUACAGUGAUAGUAAGGGUAACGGUAACGGUGAAGGUGAUAGUAACAUUACGGUAACGAUCAUGGUCACUGUAACGCUCACAGUAAAGGUGACGGUAAUGGUUACGGUCACGGAAACGGUAAUGGUGCUGGUAACAGUAUCAAUAAUAGUAACGAUAACGAAAAUGGUGACUGUAACAGUAAUAGUAACGGUGACGGUCACGGCAACGGUGACGGUGACAGUAACAAUAACAGUCACACCUUAG